UCUGCUGACCUUCCACAUCACGAUGGAGGGGAUGGCUCUCUACCUGAUAGCUGCUCUCCUGGUCUGUUUCACAACUCCAUCUCACAGCCAGCUCUUCUCCCUCAUCACCCCCAGUGUCUUGAGGAUAGAGAGCGACGAGCAGGUUGUGGUGGAGGCUCAUGGACUCAAUGCUGAAACAGAGGUCACAAUCACCAUCCUAGAUUUCCCUCAGAAGAUGUACAUCUUGAACCAGACCAAAGCUUCCCUGAAGCCAGAAAAUGGCAUGAUAGCAACUCCAUUCAUAAAGCUCUCCGCAAGAGACCUCAAGAAGGAUUCCAGGAAAAAGACAUAUGUUGUUGUCCACGCCAUCUCUACUCACUUCACUCUGGAGAAGGUGGUUCUAGUCUCCUACCAGAUGGGGUAUAUCUUCACCCAGACAGAUAAAACCAUCUAUACUCCUGGAUCAACAGGUAAGAGCUUCCUGUUGAUUCCACCUGUAAGCGUAUGUAGGAAUGGGUAA